AUGAGCGACAUCACUCACCCCACCAUCAAGGAUGGCUGGUUCUCCGAGCAGUCUGACAUGUGGCCCGGCCAGGCCAUGAACCUUAAGGUUAACCAGAUCCUCCACCACGAGAAGUCCAAGUACCAGGAUGUUCUUGUUUUCGAGAGCAGCGACUACGGCACCGUCCUCGUCCUCGACAAUGUCAUCCAGUGCACUGAGCGCGAUGAGUUCUCCUACCAGGAGAUGAUCACCCACCUCGCCAUGAACUCCCACCCCAACCCCAAGAAGGUCCUGGUCAUCGGUGGUGGUGAUGGUGGUGUCCUCCGUGAGGUCGUCAAGCACGAGACCGUCGAGGAGGCCACCCUGUGCGACAUUGAUGAGGCUGUCAUCCGUGUCUCCAAGAAGUACCUUCCUGGCAUGAGCAUUGGCUUCCAGCACCCCAACGUCAAGGUCCACGUUGGCGAUGGUUUCCAGUUCCUCAAGGAGCGCCAGAACGAGUUCGAUGUUAUCAUCACUGACAGCUCUGACCCCGAGGGUCCCGCUGAGAGCCUCUUCCAGAAGCCCUACUUUGAGCUUCUGCGCGAUGCGCUCCGUGAGGGAGGUGUCAUCACCACACAAGCCGAGAACCAAUGGCUGCACCUGUCUCUGAUCACCGACCUCAAGAAGGCCUGCAAGGAGGUUUUCCCCGUUGCCGAAUACGCCUACACCACCAUCCCCACCUACCCCUCCGGCCAGAUCGGCUUCAUGGUCUGCUGCAAGGAUGCCACUCGUAACGUCAAGGAGCCCGUUCGCAGCUGGACCCGUGAGGAGGAGGAGAAGCUCUGCCGCUACUACAACCAGGACAUCCACCGUGCCAGCUUCGUUCUCCCCAACUUCGCCCGCAAGGCUCUGGAUGCUUAG